AUGUUAACUUUAGAAUAAUAAGGUUCAAAAAUCUAAUGUCCAAAAUAUGAACACGAUAAAAAGCCGAUCAUAUAAAUUUGUAUGAAUCCUAAAUGUAAAGAUAAUUCACUCAUUUGUCUCAGAUGUAAAUCAUAACAUGAAUAACAUCCUAAUUAUAUCUUUACACUCCUACAAAUCUAAGACUUUUUACAAAAAAAUAUUCAAAUCAAUAAAGCUAUUAAUAAUCCAUUAACUCAAGAAAUCUUAGAUCAUUUUCUCAAAUAUAAAUAAGAAUUGAUAAGCAGAAUUAAUAAUAUUGAAAAAUAAUUGUAGGAUUCCAUUGCUCUGCUAAAUGAAAAUAAUUCAAUUAAAGAUAUAUACAAUUCAUGUAUCAACUUAAAGACUUAAUUGAAUUAUGAAACCUUUAAAAAAAUUAUUGAAAAAUUACAUGAUAAUUGUACCUAUGACUAAAACUUAUAAAAAAUUUAAAGUAAUGAACUUAUAUAAAAGUACAACUCUGCAAAACCUUAAAUUAUUUUGGCUAUUAAUAGUCUAUAAAAACUUGUUUAAUGUAUUUAAUAAACAUUUGAAAUAAAAAAAGAAUCAUAAAGUAAUAAACAAAGUUAGAAUAAAUUAAUUUAAACAGUUAAAAGAUAUGAAUAGAUCUCUAAAGAUACUGAUGGAACCUUAACCAUUAAACCUUUGAGAAAUAAUAAAAUUUUAAUUUGUAAUUUCCUUGUUGAACAAACUUGUGAACUCUUGGGUUUUUAUCAACCCUUCUUAUAUAAAAAUAAAGAUAUUGAUUAUCAAUAACAAUAAUUAAAAUGUCACUAUAAAAUUCAUCUAGGAUAUGAUCUUACAAUCAAAGCCUAUGAAUUUCAAACUAUUAUCAAUCAUACAACCAUUGAGAAACUAGCUCCUUAUUGUUAUUUUAUUAAACUACCUGAAUAAUUUCGAUUAAUUUCAGGAUAAGUAUUUACAAUAAGUUUAACUAUUUUGGAUUCCUAAUCAUUUAGUGUUUCUUUUCAAAAAUUGGCUGAGGGAAAUCAAUUUCUUAAAUUUUAAUUUCCAAAAAUUAAUUAAUAUAUCCUUCCAAAAGAAAUUAAAGAAAUUGAUGAUUAUGGAUACUUUCCAGGUUUCUAAUUGAUAUGA